AUGUGGGUGCCCCGGUGGCGGCGGGACCCCCGGGGGUGGCGUGUGACGCGGGUGCCCGUCAGGGAGCGGGUGGGCACCUACGACUGCGUCAACGUGCUGCUCCCGCGGGACGCGGCCCAGCUCUUCCGGGCCGAGGGGGUCUUCCCGCGGCGCAUGGGCAUCGAGGCCUGGAGCGCCCACCGCCGCCUGCGCAACCACAAGUGUGGGCUCUUCCUGCUCAAGAACGUCCCUGAGCUGUCCCCGACCCCGGGGCACCCUGGGGGGGUCCCCGGGGAGUUGGGGGCCCCCCCCGCCGCCUCCCCCAGCGUCUCCUUCCUCUUCCAGGUCCUGAGCAACGCUCGGCUCUUCCUGGAAAACCUCAUCAAGUACGGGAUCCUGGUGGACCCCAUCCAGGUGGUCUCGCUCUUCCUCAAAGACCCCUACAGCUGGCCCUCCCUCUGCCUGGUCAUCGUAGCCAACGUCUUUGUGGUGGUAGCCCUGGCCCUGGAGAAGCGGCUUGCGGCGGGGUCCCUCUCGGAGGGCGCGGGGGCCGCCCUGCACGGCCUGAACCUCCUGGCCAUCCUCUGCUUCCCCGCCGGCGUCGUGCUCGUCGUCACCUCCAUCACCCCAGUGGGGUCCGUCUUCGCCUUGGCCAUCUACACCAUCAUCUUCCUCAAGCUCUUCUCCUUCAGGGACGUCAAUAAAUGGUGUCGGGACAGGAGGGAGGGGAAAAACGCCCCCCCGGGAAACGGGGACGGCUCGGCCGCAGCUGCGGGGGCCAAGAAAGCCAACGGGGACGUGGGCAAGAGCAGGGUCACCUACCCGGCCAACCUCACCUACAGAAAUCUCUACUACUUUCUCUUCGCGCCCACCCUGUGCUACGAGCUGAACUUCCCCCGCUCCCCCCGUGUCCGCAAGCGCUUCCUCCUCCGGCGCCUCUUUGAGAUGCUCUUCUUCAUCCAGCUGCUGGUGGGGCUGAUCCAGCAGUGGAUGGUGCCGACGAUCCAGAACUCCAUGAAGCCGUUUCGGGACAUGGAUUAUUCCCGGAUCAUCGAGCGGCUCCUGAAGCUGGCUGUCCCCAACCACCUCAUCUGGCUCAUCUUCUUCUACUGGUUCUUCCACUCCUGCCUGAACGUGGUGGCCGAAGUGAUGCAGUUUGGGGACCGGGAGUUUUACAGGGACUGGUGGAACUCGGAGUCGGUGACCUAUUUCUGGCAGAACUGGAACAUCCCUGUGCACAAGUGGUGUCUCAGGCACUUCUACAAGCCCAUGCUGAAGCGGGGGGCCAGCAAGUGGGCAGCCCAGACGGCCGUUUUCCUGGCCUCCGCCUUCUUCCACGAGUACCUGGUGAGCGUCCCCCUGAAGAUGUUCCGGCUCUGGGCGUUCAUGGGGAUGGCGGCUCAGAUCCCGCUGGCCUGGUUCGUCUCCAAGUUCCUCAGGGGUAACUACGGGAACGCGGCCGUCUGGAUAUCCCUGAUCAUCGGGCAGCCCAUCGCCGUCCUCAUGUACGUGCACGACUACUACGUGCUCAACUACGAGGGCAACCAGUGAGGGGGGGGGAGGGAGGGGGAGAGCGGCCACCCUCCCUCCCGGUGACCCUCGGACCGCGCCGGUGCCGCUGCCUCGUGCUGCCGUCUCCGCGUCGGGACCGGCCGGCGGGCGUUACCGUCCUGUCGAUUGAAUGUCGGAUCAAUGCAAUAGCCCCGGGGGGGGGCACACACACACGGGUCCCCCCCCCCCCCGCCCUGACUGGGGCAGGAGCUGGCAGGAGCCUCCUCUGCGUUAAGGCACUUUAAAGGACCGUCCCUGGACUGUGACUGUCCCGUCCGUCCCCGUCAGAGGUGGCCGUCAGCCCUGCCUGCUCCCCUCCCUGAGGCAGCUGCCCAUGCAGGCAGCUGCCUGCGGCCCUGCCCUCUCGCUGCCGGGACCUGCUGCUGCCUGCCGGCCUUGCUCUGGUCUCGCUCAGCCACUUUUUAACCCUUUGAGAUUGUAUCUGUCAAAAAUCUGAGUGAUUAAAGUGUCUUUUUUUUGUUUGUUUUCCA